AUGAAGAUCGGCCCACGGGAAAUUCUUCUUGGUACCAUGAAGAGCUUAAUUAAUUCGCUCAACGAUACUGUUACGGAAACUCUUUCUGGUUUGUCGUAUACUUAUCCGCAGCUGGAGUACCAAGAGUCGCAUAAAGUCUUCUUAAUGCCAAAUCUUGAAGAUCAAAAGGAUAAAGUGUCUAUUAUAUGUGGUGGCGGGAGUGGACACGAACCAUUUGCGGCAGGAUUCGUCGGGAGUGGUAUGCUAACUGCGUCUGUAGCAGGUUCCAUAUUUGCUGCACCGCCAUCGCAACACGUUUCCUACUGUAUCGAACGUCUUUCUCAAUAUAGUCAGGCUGGUAUCUUAGUGGUGAUUCCAAAUUACACUGGAGACUGUCUCAAUUUCGGGAUAGCUGUCGAAAAAGCAAGACAAAGCGGGUUCAAGGUGACAGAGAUAAUCGUAAAUGACGACUGUAGUAUUCCGAUUAAGGACCAAGGUGUCGCUGGUAAACGCGGAUUAACCGGCCUCCUAUUCGUCAUAAAAAUAGCUGGCGCAUUGGCUGAAAGAGGUUUACCGCUUGAAGAAAUUUAUGACGUUGCACAAAAUGUUUUGAAAAAUAUGGCUACUUAUGCAGUUGGAUUGACCCCAUGCAAUAUACCUGGACAACCUCCAAUGUUUGAGCUCGCUGAUGACGAAAUAGAAUGUGGAAUGGGAGUUCACGGAGAAGCUGGAUACGAGAAAGCAAAAUUAAAAACAUGCAGUGAAGUGGUUUCGAUCAUGUUGAAACAUAUAUGUGAUUCAUUAUGCUUAAUUAAUGGAGAUUCCGUUGCAGCAAUUAUUAAUAAUUUUGGAGCGUUAAGUCAAUUGGAACAAGGAAUCGUUGUUCACGAUUUGGCGAACCAGCUCCGAGAAAUGAACAUUGAACUUCUACGUGUUUACUCGGGAGUCUUAAUGACUUCAUUGAACAGUGCCGGUAUCCACAUCACUCUUUUAAAAUUACCUGAAAAUUAUAAAGAUAUGUUCAUCAGUUAUUUGGAUAGUCCUACCGCUGCGCCACGAUGGCCAGGGUGUGCUUAUAGUGUUCCUUUAAAAAGUAGACGAACAACUAUACAGGUUAAAGUAACAGAGGGUGCAAAACAAAUCGGAAUAAAAGUCAAUACACAACAGCAAAAUUUACUGAGACAGUGUUUAAAGAGUGCCUGUGAACGUAUAAUCGAGAAAGAAACUGUUAUCAAUGAUCUGGAUAGAGGAUGUGGGGAUGGAGACUGUGGUACAACACUUAAAAGGCUUGCCAGCGAUAUUUUACAAAAAUUAGACAACUUUUAUGUCUCACAUCCGUCAUCAGUUUUCUCAGAGCUGGCACAUAUAGCUGAAGAACAAAUGGGUGGAACAUCCGGAGCAUUGUAUUGUUUAUUGUUUACUAGUCUCGCCGCAGAAUUGGUAUUGGCUGAGGAAGGUAAAGGUUGGCUAUUUAUUUGGGCUAAAGCACUUCGCAGUGGUUUAACUUGUCUAAUAAAAUAUGGAAAAGCUAAACCAGGAGAUAGGUCGAUGAUUGACGUGAUGAACGCUGUAUGCGAAACUUAUGAAAGCGCGUUGCAUAAUAAAAUGGAUGAUAUAUGUACUGCUUUAAAAACUGCAGCUUGGGAAGCAUGCGAAGCUACGAAAAAUAUGAAGCCUAAGGUAGGGAGAGCUAGUUAUGUAAAACAAGUUCAGUACCUAAAAAACGUAGAUGCUGGUGCGUAUGGGGUUGCCACUUGGAUUGGUGCCAUUGCAGACGUGAUUAAGAGCAUUUAA